UUAGUUAAUAUAUUUAUAAUAUGGCAAUGACAAUAGACGAGAAAGAUCAGUUGGAAAUUAAGGCCGACGAAGCCGUGCGACAAUUAUCCCGGAUGCCCGCCCGUUGUCCUGUGGAAAAAUGCGGUGAAACUGUCUUCCCAUCCAAUUUAAUGAUGCACAUGCUGGACAAGCAUGCACAUGCUUAUGAGAACACGAACUCGGAGAUAUAUGACCAUAUGCCGCUGUUGUUACACUUUGAUCCCAAACACUUUGAAUAUAAUAAUUGUUGCAUGGUCACGCUCUGCUACGGGGGAGUGAAGAAUCAGCCGGAUAGUCAGCCGGCCCUCAGCUAUUUGAGCCUGCCGAAUGCCGGGCUAAUAAACAGUCAACAUAAAUAUGAUAAUUUUCUACCGAUUAUGAUGAUGGUCUGCCGUACCAGCUGGUUUUCUCAGAUCAAGGACAAGCAGCUGAAAAACGAACUCACCUCGAAGAAUGGCAACAAAGCUGGCAUCUAUGUCUUCUGGUUGGUGGCACCCAAUACAACCCGCAAGUUAUACUACACGCUAACAGCCUAUGAUCGUGAGUAUCAUAGCUCUCGCAGUGUCAUUCGUACUGUGCGGGAUUUUACCAUCUGCCAGAAUCCCAGCGACUUUAUGCCCGACGAGGACAACUAUUUUCUACUGCGCGACUCGGAGAUCCUUGAACUCAUGAGCAUCGGCAGGCCAAGUUCCAACACAGACAACAACAAGAAACGCGGCAUUCCCAUGGAACUCAUAAUUUACGAGAAUCCAUUGAAGCCCAUCGUGCAGGAAAAGGAUCUAUACACUAAAAUGCCUCACACCAAGGGUACAGUGCAUCGCACUGUAAAUGGAAAGGUUUCACUCAUCAAGAGGCCCUUUUCCAAGACAACCACGUGCAUGUAAUCUAUAGAGUCCUUUUAAAUAUUAUUUGAAUGUUUUUUUUUAACAACUUCAUGACAA